AUGCAAUGUUAUACUGAACUGCUGCCUCCUUCGGGAGUGACGCAUGCUGUUUCUGCAGCCUUCACUUCAGCCACGGCAAAAAACCUCAUUGUCGUCAAAACAUCUCUCCUUCAGAUCUACACUUGGAUCACCGAGACACCCACUACUCCAUUACCGGACAAUGGCCAACAGGCGGGUAGUGAUGCACAGAACGAAAACACGAAAUUGCAUUUGCACGCGGAAUAUGAUCUCUAUGGAACGGUGACUGAUGUAUCUCCCGUUAAAAUCCUCAAAUCAAGGAGCGGUGGAGAUGCCCUUCUCUUGUCGUUUAGGAAUGCGAAACUCAGUCUGAUUGAGUGGAACCCCGAGACACAAGGUAUUUCGACCGUGUCAAUCCACUAUUAUGAGAAAGAGGAUAUCUCACUCAGCCCUUGGGUGCCUGAUCUCAGUCAGUGUGAUAGUCACCUCACUGUGGAUCCUAGUAGUCGGUGUGCUCUGCUCAAUUUUGGGGUGCGGAAUCUCGCUAUUUUACCAUUUCACCAGGCUGGAGAUGACUUGGCCAUGGAUGAAUACGACCCUGAUAUGGACAUGGAUGACUUCACUGCCCAGGAACAGAGCAAGAAGCCCUCUACCGACGACAAGAAGACGAAUGGUGACUUGACUAAUCAGACUCCGUAUGCGGCUUCGUUUGUUCUGCCUCUGACUGCUCUGGACCCGACUUUGAUCCACCCUAUUGGCCUGACAUUCCUACAUGAAUAUCGAGAGCCCACAUUUGGUAUCCUUUAUUCACCCAUCGCCACAUCAGCGGCUUUACUGGAAGAACGGAAAGAUGUCGUGGUGUAUUCUGUGUUUACACUAGACCUGGAACAGCGUGCUUCUACGCCUCUAUUGUCUAUAGCGAAAUUGCCAAGCGACUUGCUGGACAUCAUGGCUCUCCCUGCUCCUGUCGGUGGCGCUUUGCUCAUUGGACCUAAUGAGCUGAUACACAUUGAUCAAUCUGGAAAAGCUAGUGCAGUGGCAGUUAAUGAAUUUGCUAAACAGGUUUCAGCAUUUCCUAUGGUAGACCAAUCCGAUUUGGGGCUCCGACUGGAAGGCUCAGUCGUUGAGGUUAUCAACAAUGAGAGUGGCGACAUACUUUUGACUCUAUCGACAGGCGAGCUAGUUUUGAUUCACUUCAAGAUAGAUGGAAGAUCAGUCUCUGGGUUCGUUGUAUCCCCGAUACCUGUCGAGUCUGGAGGCAACGUUGUCAGCGCUGCUGCUUCAUGUGCCGUCGCUCUCGGCUCUGGCAAGGUCUUCAUUGGAAGCGAAGAUGCCGAAUCGGUUCUUCUCGACUGUUGUGUUCCAUCGGUAGCCUUGAAAAAAAGCAAGAAUGAUGACAGAGAUCAUUUUGAUGAGGAAAUGAACGACGAAGAGAUUGACGACAUUUACGAAGACGAUCUAUAUUCUUCAGCACCUAAGGAAGCAGUCCAUAAAGCCGCGUCGAAUGGCAAAGCAUCUGAAAGUUACACAUUUAAAGUAAUUGAUAGAUUGCUCAGUUUAGGACCUUUGCGUGCUGUCACAGUGGGAAAACCUGCUAGCAGAGAGUCCAAUGUGGAGGACACCCAGGAGAGCGUGAGCGACUUGGAGCUUGCUGCAGCUUACGGUUCUGGCGGAAGUGGAGGAGUUGCUCUGCUGCAACGAACACUUCAUCUGGAUGAUGUUUCUACUCUAGACGGGGAAUUUGCUGACUCUGUCUGGAACAUACAUACGAGCAACACAAAAUCCGGACUUGGAAACUCAAACGAAGACAACCCAUCUUAUGUUAUUGUUGCGAGAACGAACUCAUCGGAGAAUGAGGAAACAGUCGUCUAUGCAGUUGAUAAAGGCAAUCUAGAGUUAUUCAAUGCCCCGGAUGUCAAUCCGAAUGGAGACUCUACCAUUGAUAUCGGUACUCUUGCUGGAAAUAGCCGUGUUGUGCAGGUACUGACAGGCGAAGUGAGAAUAUACGAUACGAAUCUCGGUAUGGCCCAAAUAUAUCCCGUCUGGGACGAAGAUGAGGGCGACGAGCGAUUCGCGGUUAGUACUAGUUUUGCAGACCCGUAUCUCCUCAUUAUCAGAGAUGACUCAUCUGUUCUUCUCCUCCACUCCGAUGAAAGUGGUGAUCUGGAUGAGUUGACUAAACCUGAGACUGUGUCUUCCCAAUCUUGGCUCUGCGGAUGUCUAUAUACGGAUAAACAUAGCGUCUUUGAAGAGGGCAGUGCGGAGACCACAUACAUGUUCUUGCUUAAUCAAGAGUGCAAGUUAUUUAUGUUCCGUCUACCCACCAUGGAACUUGUUUCGGUGACAGAAGGAGUCGAUUAUGUAUCGUCCAUUCUUUCACCAGACCCACCAACUCGGCGUCUCAACUCUCGCGAGACCAUCGCGGAGCUUCUGCUUGCAGACCUCGGCGAACUGCCGACGGUUUCCCCUUAUCUCAUCCUCGACUUUUCAUGGCCAAUCCGCAGGAUACCUUUGAAUGAACAGGUUGACCAUCUGGCUUAUUCUACGGCGUCAGGGACAUAUGUAGUUGGGACAACUCACGAGGAAGAUUUCAAAUUGCCUGACGAUGACGAGUUGCAUCCUGAAUGGGCAACUGAGGAAAUAUCUUUAUCACCCAAAGUCGCACAUGGCUCUAUCAAGCUGCUCAAUCCGAAGACAUGGAAAGUAAUUGAUAGCCACACUUUCGGCCCUGCAGAACGCAUCACGGCCGUCGAAAACAUCAACCUCGAAAUAUCCGAAAAGACUGGUAAACGAAAAGACAUGAUUGUUGUAGGUACAACAUACGCCAAGGGCGAAGACAUCGCAGCCAGGGGAAACGUAUAUGUCUUUGACGUGAUCGAUGUUGUUCCUGACCCGGAUGAACCGGGAAAAGAUCUUAAGCUCAAACUCAUUGGUGAAGAAUCUAUCAGAGGUGCCUUGACCGCUGUGUCUGGAAUUGGAGGUCAAGGGUUCAUGAUUGUUGCGCAGGGGCAGAAAUGUAUGGUGCGAGGUUUGAAGGACGAUGGCAGCUUGUUGCCUGUAGCAUUUAUCGAUGUUCAAUGCUACGUCAGCGUCAUCAAGGAAUUGAAUGGUACAGGCAUGUGUCUGAUUGGAGAUGCAUUGAAGGGGUUAUGGUUUACUGGAUACUCGGAGGAACCUUAUAAAAUGACGCUCUUUGGCAAAGACUUGGAUGAGCUGGAAGUGGUGACUGCCGAUUUCUUGCCUGAUGGGAAGAAGCUUUAUAUUCUCGUGGCAGACAGUGACUGCAAUCUGCACGUCCUUCAAUAUGAUCCAGAAGACCCUAAAUCAUCAAAUGGCGACCGCCUUCUCAACCGCUGCAAAUUCCACAUGGGACACUUCGCAUCCACCCUUACCCUCCUCCCACGCACCGCCGUCUCCUCGGAAGUAGCAAUAAUGUCCUCAGACGCCAUGGACAUAGACUCGUACACCCCCUUACACCAAGCGCUCAUAACCACGCAGUCCGGAUCCAUGGCUCUGGUCACAUCUCUGUCGGAAGAAUCCUACCGACGACUGUCGGCACUGCAGUCCCAGCUAAGUAAUACCCUCGAACACCCAUGCGGACUGAAUCCGCGCGCCUAUCGGGCUGUUGAGAGUGACGGUGUCGUUGGACGCGGCAUGAUUGAUGGGAAGUUGUUGAUGAGGUGGUUGGACUUGAGUCGAUCACGAAAGUUGGAGAUUGCGGGUAGAGUGGGUGCGGAUGAGUGGGAGAUAAGAGCUGAUUUGGAGGCUGUAGGUGGCGCGGGAUUGGGAUAUUUGUAG